AUGCUAUUGACUCACGGCAAGUCUCUUGUUCGACUUUCAGGAAUUCUCGGGAAUUGUCCCUUGGUGCAGCCACCUCAAUGGGGCACGGUGAGAGAGAGGAUCCUCAAAGAUGGCACUCUACAAACCGUGUACUCGUGUGAACCAGGCCGUAGAUUGAAGGGUCAUAAAAUAGUGACUUGCACCGUCGACGGCUGGAAUCAUCCUAUCCCAAAAUGUGUCCCUUAUGACAACAGAUCCCAGCACUUCCGCAACGAUCUUUACCUCGGCGAUGAUCCAAUUUCAACGACUCCGCUGGAGGAAAAAGUGGCGAGAGAACGGCUGAGGGCGCGUAAGAGAAUCGGGGAGCUGAAGAAACGCAGGAAAGCGAAGGAGAAGAGGCGGAAGCAAAUCGCUGAGAAGUCCUCGUCCGGACCACCCCCGGCGUCAGCAGUCGUUGCCUUAAAUGAAACAAUAAUGUCAAAGCUGGAUCUGAGCUGCUUCAUGAAAGCUGGCAAGAAAGGAUUUGCGAAAGCCCCUAAAGUGGAAAACGCCAAUCCUGCCAAAUAUGCCAGAAGAAAAAACGUACUUCCACCUUACAAUCGAUACCUCGUUGCGGUUUACGAGUGCAAGUUGGGUUUCUAUUUCGAAGACUCGAUGGCAGAUCGACUGUUCUGCAGCGAUGGCAAUUGGUUAGGCGCUCUUCCGCGUUGCAGAAAAACGGAAGAAGCGACACUCGAUAACGUGAAACGUUGCAGUCUGGACAGGGGUGGCUGCGAGCAUAAGUGCGAAGACACCGAGACGGGCAUCGAGUGCUCCUGCUUCCAUGGAUUUCGCGUCAAAGGAUAUUCCUGCAUAGACAUAGAUGAAUGUGCCGAAGGUGUAGCUGGUUGCGCUGAAAUAUGUCACAACGAUCCUGGCACUUUCCAUUGCGAAUGUCUUUCGGGAUUUCAAUUGGGUACCGACAACAAGUCCUGUCAGGACGUUAACGAGUGCCUCCUGAAUAAUGGCCACGGCCCGUGCCAAGGUACUUGUAUCAAUCUUGAAGGUAGCUACGAGUGUAGCUGCUCCGACAUAGCUGGUCACAAAUUGGCCUCGGAUAAUCACACCUGCGAAGAUAUCGACGAAUGCGCUACGAAUAACGGAGGAUGCUCUCACGUUUGUUUGAACACUCCUGGAAGCGCUUUCUGCCUUUGUCCAGACGGUUUUUAUCUGACGAACGAUUGGAAGACAUGCCAAGAUGUGAAUGAAUGCGAGAACGCGUCACAGAUUUGCGCGAACAACACCAAUUGCGAAAAUACCGUCGGUUCGUACAAAUGCGUGAGCAAGCCACAGAAGUUGACGAAAGUCCUCCAGGACGAGGAUUACGACGCCGAAGAAGACGACGACGACGACGACGACGACGACGACGACGACUACGAUGGAGAAGGUGUGACGGAAGUUGUGGAAUUCGGGAAGUGCGAAGAGGGCUUCAAGAAGAACAAAUAUGGCGAUUGCAUUGACGUGGACGAGUGCGUCGAAGGGGACGAGGGCGAGCCCCACGGUUGCCAACACGAGUGCGUGAACGAGCCUGGUGGUUAUUACUGCUUGUGUCGGUCCGGGUACGAGCUCCACGACGAUGGCGUGUCUUGCAACGACGUCGACGAGUGCAGGAAAACACCCCCGCCUUGCUCCCACGGCUGCGAGAACACGGAAGGCUCCUACGGUUGCACCUGUCCGUUUGGAUUUAGCUUGAAAGAGGAUAAUGUCAGUUGCGACGAACGUCGAUCGAAAACGUGCGAGACGUUGACGCCACCUUGCUCUGACGCGUGUCAGGAGACGAACGACGGUCCGAUUUGCGAUUGUCCUGCAGGGUAUCAGAUUCUAGACGACGGUGCUACCUGCUCGGACAUCGACGAGUGUGCUCUGAGCUUGUGUUCCCAUUCCUGCAUAAAUUUCGAGGGCAGCUUCUCGUGCGUCUGUCCGGACGGUUUGGAAACGUCGAGUCGCGACAAAUUCAAUUGCACGGACAUCGACGAGUGCGCGGGGAACGUUCACGGCUGCGAACACGAGUGCUCGAACGUUCACGGGAGCUACUCGUGCGUCUGUCGAUCCGGGUUCGUCCUGAACGACGACAAGAAAACAUGCUCGGACGUCGACGAGUGUUCUGGCAGCGAACACGGGUGUUCUUACGUCUGCUCGAACACUCCUGGAAGCUACAGCUGCUCGUGUCGCGAAGGACACGCGCUCUCCGAAGACGGUCGUAGCUGCAAGGACAUCGACGAGUGUCUCGCAAACGCCCACGAAUGCUCCCACGAGUGCGUGAACGAGGAAGGAGGCUACCGUUGCGUUUGUCCCGCAGGUUUCGUUUUGGGGAACGACACCAAGACUUGUCAGGACGCGAACGAGUGCCUGGAAGGAACGCAUCGGUGCUCUCACGAGUGCAGGAACACGAUAGGAUCGUACGAAUGCGCGUGUCCCUUUGGGAUGUCCGUGGCGGGCGACAAAAGGCUGUGCAUCGCGAUCGACGUGUGCAGCCAAGCCAAUUGCAGCCACGUUUGCCUGAAGGAUCGCGACACCUACAAGUGUAGCUGUCCCAACGGUUACGUCCUGAAGGACGACGGGAGAACUUGCCAGGAUUACGACGAGUGUCUCGAGGACGAGCACGAUUGCUCCCACGACUGCAUCAACACGCCAGGAAGCUACAAGUGCGGUUGUCCGGAAGACUUGAACCUUCUGCAGGAUGGGUUGACGUGCGAGGACACCGCGUGCCCCGCGGGACUUCGACAGGACGAGAAGGGCCAGUGUCAGGACAUGGACGAGUGCUCGACAGGAGCCCACGACUGUUCUCACCUCUGCGACAACGUCCAUGGAUCGUAUCGUUGCUCGUGUCCUUCCGGUUGGAUCUUAACCGACGAUGGAGUCACCUGUAUCGUCGACGAUCCUUGCUCGAACGCCUCCUGCACCCACGUUUGCUCCGUGGAUGGUUCUCGACACAAGUGCGAGUGUCCUUUGGGCUACAGACUCGGCCAUGACGGUGCAACAUGCGUGGACAUCGACGAGUGUAUGGAAAACCUCGACAACUGCAGUUUCUCUUGCAAGAACAAAGAAGGAUCGUACGGUUGCGAGUGCGAUACAGGAUACGUUCUCGCGGAGGACGAUAAAAGUUGCAUAGACAUCGACGAGUGCGCCGAAGAUCGCCACGAUUGUAUCCACGGUUGCAUAAACACGGAGGGAAGUUACGAUUGCUCGUGUCCCGCGGGACACGUAUUCUCGAAGGACGACCGAGCUUGCAAGGACAUCGACGAAUGCCAGGAUCUUUCGCACGAUUGUUCUCACUUAUGCGUGAAUACUGUCGGCGGUUACGACUGCGGUUGCCCGGCCGGAUGGAAGCUCGAGGAUUCGAGGAACUGUCGAACGAUCAGCGAGCGAAACUGUUCCCACGUGCACGAGCAGGACGAAGGCGAGACUCGUUGCGGGUGUCCCGAAGGAUUCCAACUGCAGGACGAUGAGACCACUUGCGAAGACGUGGACGGGUGUAGCGACGAUCUUCGUUCGUGCAGUCACGAUUGCACGAACACCAACGGUUCUUAUCGCUGCGAGUGUCCGCCGGGCUUCCGGCUUAAAGAGGACGAACGGUCCUGCGAGGACGUCGACGAGUGCGCCAAGGACAUCCACGGGUGUUCUCACGAGUGUAAAAAUUUCGAUGGCGGUUAUAAUUGCUCCUGUCCGGAAAAUUUCAUCCUGGAGAAGGACAACAGGACCUGCGUCGCUGCGAACGGUUGCGAACGAUCGAACAACUGCAGCCACACGUGCACGAACAUCCCCGAGGGUUACAGAUGCGAGUGCCCCGCGGGAUAUAUUCUGUCCAGCGGCAAGGAAACUUGCGAGGACAGGAACGAGUGCGAGGAGGCGAGCAACGAGGUAACGAACGCCUGCUCCCAUUCGUGCGUCAACACCGAGGGCAGCUACGAGUGUCGAUGUCCGACGGGAUAUCGACUGGCCGGUGAUCGAAGGACCUGCGAGGACGUGAACGAGUGCGUCGAGGACAACGGGGGUUGCUCUCACCUUUGCGCGAACAUCGAAGGUGGCAUGGAGUGCGCCUGUCCGGACAAUUACAAGCUCCUCGAGGACGAUGGGAAAACGUGCGUGGAGAUCGACGAAUGUCUGAUCGACAACGGCGGCUGCUCCCACCUGUGCCAUUACGAGAAUGGCACGGUGUCCUGUUUCUGUCCGCCCGGGAUGCUGCUGGAGGAUGACAACGCCACGUGCGUCGAGGAGAAUAAGUGUUACACGGAGAACGGCGGCUGCUCCCAUUUCUGCAGCUACGUCGACGGCACAGUAUCUUGCGCCUGUCCGCUGGAAAUGAUUCUGUCCGAGAACGGAACCGUCUGCGUGCAGCGGAACGAGUGUCUCCUGGACAACGGUGGCUGUUCCCACGAUUGCAAUUACGAAGGAGGCGACACGUUCUGCUCGUGUCCGCCGGGGAUGAUCCUCUCCGGCGAUAAAUUUCUCUGCAUCCACGAGAACAAGUGUUUGGUCGACAACGGCGGCUGUUCGGACAUCUGCGCGUUUAAGGGCGGGUUCGUUGGCUGCGAGUGUCCAUCCGGAUUCCGAUUAUCCGAGAAGGACAACGCCACGUGCGUGGACGUUGACGAGUGCUUGGAACUGAAGGACAAUUGCACGCACAAGUGCGUGAACCUUCCAGGCGGAUUCGAGUGUACCUGUAACGACGGUUUCAAGACGAACGACGUCGAGCCCGCUGUCUGCGACGACGUGGACGAGUGCAAGAACAAAAACGGAGGCUGUUCGAACGACUGUCUGAACCUCGUGGGAUCGUUUCGUUGCUCCUGCCCGCCGGAAUACGUUCUCGAGAACAACAACAAGACUUGCAGAUUGAUCGACGAUUGCAAACUGAACAACGGGAACUGUUCCCAUCACUGUCACCGCGAAGAGGACAAGACUCGCUGCUCCUGUCCGCUCGGAUUCAGAUUGAGGCAGGAUCAGAAGACCUGCGAGGACGUGAACGAGUGCGAAGAAUUCGAGAACGACGUCGAGCUGGGCUGCUCGCACGUCUGCAAGAACACGAACGGUUCUUAUUAUUGCGAGUGUCCCGCGGGCUACGUGCUGUUGCCGGACGACAGGAAGAACUGCAUCGACGUGAACGAGUGUCUGAGCAGCCAACACAAUUGCAGCCACGACUGCUCGAACCUCCUGGGGAGCUACGCGUGUACCUGUCGCGAGGGCCACUAUUUGCACUCCGACAAGUCCAGCUGUCCGGACAUCGACGAGUGCCUCGACAGGAACGGCGACUGCUCCCAUCGGUGCACGAACACGAUCGGUAGCCAUUUUUGUUCCUGUCCCGAUGGAUACGAGCUGUCGAGGGACGAGAGAACCUGCGUGGACGUGGACGAGUGCAGGACAGGCGUGGCGGAGUGUCUUCACGAGUGCGUCAACACGCCUGGCUCGUGGAAAUGCGGCUGUCCGGACGGUCAUGUUUUGGCCAACGACUCGCGAAGCUGCCUGGACGUCGACGAGUGCAAGGUGAACAACGGCGAUUGCUCCCACGGUUGCUCGAACGUCGCUGGAGGCGUGACAUGCACUUGUCCGGAUGGUCUGCGUUUGGACGAGAACGGAAAGACGUGCGUCGACGUGGACGAGUGUUCGACGGAGAACGGUGGCUGCUCGGACGCCUGCGUCAACUUGAAAGGCAGCUUCGUCUGUCGUUGUACGAGCGGAUUUCACCUUGGCGCCGAUUCCAAGACCUGUCUGGACGUCGACGAGUGUCAAAUGGAAAAUGGUGGCUGCUCCGACGCCUGUGUCAACGUCCAAGGUAGCUAUUGGUGCCAGUGCCCGAAGGGUUAUCGUUUGAAGGAGGACCUCAAGUCCUGCGAGGACGUGGACGAAUGCCAGAGCAACAACGGUGGCUGCUCGCACGCGUGCAUCAACGAGCUGGGCUCCUAUCGGUGCAACUGUCCCGCGGGAUACGUGUUCAGGAACGAUUCUUGCCACCAAGUAGAUCCCUGUGCAAGCAACAACGGUGGCUGCGAGCAAAUCUGCGCUGAGAAAAACGGUCUGGCCGUUUGCAGUUGUAGAGAAGGCUUUCGAUACGACGAGACUGAUCGCUCCAAGUGCAGGGACGUCGACGAGUGCGAUGGUCAACACGGCUGCGAUCACGUCUGCUUGAAUACUGUCGGGUCCUUCGAGUGCGGCUGCAACGGCGGCUUCGAGAUGCAGAAUUCUACGUGUGUCGAUGUGGACGAAUGCGCGAGUGGUCCGUGCAAGAGAAACGAAUGCAUCAACACAUACGGCAGCUUUCGUUGCGGGUGCGGCGCUGGAUAUCGAUUGGACGGCGACGAUUGUGUAGAUAUAAAUGAAUGUGAGUGGAACAACGGCGGAUGCGAGCAAGAUUGCAUCAAUACAAUAGGAUCCUAUGCGUGUGCUUGUCGCGCUGGCUUUGUCACGAAUCAAAGGAACAGAAGCCAUUGCCAAGAUAUAAACGAGUGCUUGAACCGUAACGGGGGAUGCAACGGUGAAUGCGUUAACACGGCCGGAAGUUACUACUGUAGCUGCAGUAGCGACUUGGUGUUGGCUUCCGACGAGAGGACUUGCGUUUCACCGGAAUUGAGAUGUCGUGCCAUGGAACCGCCGCUGCACGCUGAAAUCAGAUGCGUUGGUCAUUCUUCGGGGGCGGUGGAUUAUCCGGUUGGAACCGGAUGUCACAUACGAUGUCGAAGGGGUUUCAGGUUGGAAGGACCGCACACGAGGUAUUGCAUGGCUGGUGAUCGAUGGAACGGAAAGAAACCUUCUUGCAUUCAAGAAUCGAUCGUGACCGAUUCCCGUUACCACUCGGACAUGCCACGACCGUUCGUGAGGUGUCCCCGAGACAUGGACGUGGAGCUACCCGCAAGGCAGAACACGAUACGCGUCACAUUUCCACAGCCUAAGUCCAACAUGAACUGGUGGAGAUACGUGGACGCCUCGCCGUCUUGGGCCAAGCAAUUACAGGCGGAUUUACCUGCCGGUACAACGGUUGUCACCUUUACGGCCUGGUCGCCCGUGUCCAAUUACACCAGCACUUGCAGGAUUGUGAUUCGGGUCCGAGACACCGAGAAUCCGAAAGUUUCGACGUGCCCGACAUCCUUUGAAGUGCGGCUAAGCUCCGGUGAACGAAAUCGCUUAAUAUUCUGGCAGGAGCCAACGUUCACCGACAACGUCGCCGUGGAGCGGAUCUACAAAACGAGGGAACCCGGACAACUGAUGUACCCAGGCAUUCACAACGUGCGCUACAUCGCUUCCGAUGCAGCCGGAAAUCGAGCCGAAUGCCAUUUCUCGAUACACGUGCGAGAAGCCGAGCUUCGCCGAGAUUCCGAGCCGCGGUACUACAGGAGAAGGAUGCUGAUGUGUCCCGGUAGACCACCCCAACCGAUACCAUCCACCGUUUACGGGUGGCAGAUACCAAGCGGAUGCUACCUCAGGUACACGAGAAUCUUCUCCGGGGCGUACACGGUUCAGAACUACCGUGGACAAAGGCAAAACGGUUAUCACGAUCCGGGGGCAGCUUAUCACCAAGUUCAUCCCGUUCAUGGGGGCCAAGGUCAUCUUCAACAGCCUGGAACAACGUAUCCUCUCGACGACUAUCGACACACGAGACAGUAUCAGCUGCAGCAACUGCGGGGACAACGCCAGCAACAGCAACAGCAGCAGCAGCUAUCCUCGAGGACCGAUCACGUAGCUUCCCCGACGAUCCAUUACGGCAGAGGCCGUGUCGAGACUAGAAUACUGCCACGACGUAAAUGCUGCGCGUAAGAUCAUUCGACGCGGCAUAACGCGGCGCCAACGUCAACCUAUGCCAGCGCGUCUCGUCCUUUGAACCGCAGAUCGAACAAAUUUCGUUCCUUGACGACAGUAUUUUAUCCCAACCCUGGGCAAACCUCAUCGCGAUAAAUGUAUACCCACUGUCAGAAAUAUACGAAAAUGUUUUUCAAAAAUUUCGAAUCAAUUACUACAUAUAACGAUUG